AAUCUUUAGGAAAUGUUUUCGUUACAUCAAACCAUGUGCUUAUGAUGACCACUCGACAAACUAAUCCAGCUAAAAGUAGUGCUUACAAUGACACACAUAUCAUUAAAUAUCAUAAUUAAAUAGAGAAUGAGGCGAAUAAACCCCCAAAAAUAUCCACUUUUUGAGAAAACAGAACCACCCUUUCACUAGGCUGGCUACAGGCCUGAAAGUCAUGCUUAGUGUCGACCAAAACACUUGUUCCAUUCAUAGCCAUUAACACUUGUAGCCUAUUUGCAUCUUUCCCGAGAAGUGCACUAGUUCAGAGGUAGUUUUCAUCCCAUUCACGUGCAUCGAGCGUUUCUUCCCUCAUCGACCUACUUCUGUUUAAUUGGAUAAGCGUUCAGUCUCAACAUAGAGAGAAAGAGAGCGAGGCCGGCUGGACGCGCACCGUACAAACCGUUACAUCCACCUGAAAAUAAAGCGUUCACGGGGUCUGCACAUUCCACGCUGACGUCACAGCGGACGGAGUAAUGGAGCAGCCGUCGCUCGAAAACAAGUCCGUUAUGAUUUUAUGAAGUGCACUUUGCAAUAUUUCCUCACGACAGCGCUAAACACACGCACGGAAGGUCCCACGGAAAGCAAGUGAACAACAGGUGGAUUCCGAGGCCAAUCCAGCCCUGGAAGUAGCCAUACUUCUGUCUCUCUCUCUCCGCCCCUACGUGUAACCAUAGCAAAGACACCGUAAAAUCCAGCGUACCGGAAAAAGCUGCAUUACGCGCUCGCGAUAUGGCACAUUUCGGCUGCGACGUGACAUUGGAGGCAUUAAGGACAAGACUUGACCACUGACACGCUGACUUCAUUCGGAAUUAUGACAGUUUACAUUUGAUAUCUGCUACUGAGAGCCGGUGGGUUUCUGUCCCAAGAGAGUGUUUGUAGACUUUUGGAGUUAUAAUGCCUGUCAGUAACGGAUCCAUGAUGGAUUUGCCGUCGGAGUACGUGAAAAUUAAAGCACACUACGGAGGGGACAUGCUGAUCUCAGACCUGGAUUUGGCGCUGACGUACACAGAGGUGUGUAAGGAGGUCAGAGAGAUGUGUGGAGUUCGCAAAGAAACGCCAAUAACACUCAAAUGGAUCGACGACGAAGGAGACCCGUGUACCAUCUCAUCCCAGAUGGAGCUGGAGGAAGCGUUUCGGAUCUACAGCCGAAACCGGCACUCUGGACUCCUCCUGCAUGUAUUUCCAAGUAUUCCUGAAAAGCCUGGUAUGCCGUGCCCAGGAGAGGACAAAUCGAUCUACCGCCGUGGAGCUAGACGAUGGAGGAAGCUGUACCGGGUGAACGGACACCUCUUCCAGGCCAAGCGCUUUAACAGGAAAGCGUACUGUGGCCACUGCAGUGAGAGGAUAUGGGGACUGGGGCGUCAGGGCUACAAGUGUAUCAACUGCAAGCUGCUGGUCCAUAAACGCUGUCACAAACUCGUCCCGCUGACCUGUCAAAGGCAUAUGGAUCCAGUCAUGCCAUCACAGGAGCCGCUGGUAGACGAUGAUAAAAGUGGAGAAGAAGUGGAGCUUCCCCCUGAGGACCCAGAGGACACAGACGCAAUUCCAGUCCCUUUCUUAGCACACAACCGAAAGGUGGAGAAAGCUGAAGAUGAUUCAGAGGACCUGAAGGCAGUGGUGGAUGGUAUCGAGGGCAUUCAGAUCUCUCAGUGUCUCGGUUUGGGGGAUUUCGACCUGAUUCGAGUCAUUGGCAGAGGCAGUUACGCAAAAGUGCUGCUCGUCCGGCUCAAGAAGAACGAGCAGAUUUACGCCAUGAAGGUGGUGAAGAAAGAGCUGGUUCAUGAUGAUGAGAGGAAGAGAAAGGACAUCGAUUGGGUCCAGACAGAAAAACAUGUGUUUGAACAAGCAUCGACCAAUCCAUUUUUAGUGGGACUUCACUCUUGCUUUCAGACAGAGAGCCGGCUCUUUCUAGUGAUCGAGUAUGUGAAUGGAGGAGAUCUCAUGUUCCAUAUGCAGAGGCAGCGGAAGCUUCCAGAGGAACAUGCCAGAUUUUAUGCUGCUGAAAUUUGCAUCGCUCUUAAUUUUCUGCAUGAGAAGGGCAUUAUUUACCGGGAUUUAAAACUGGACAAUGUACUAUUGGACCAGGAUGGCCAUAUCAAACUUACAGACUAUGGCAUGUGCAAGGAGGGAAUCAGACCAGGUGACACCACCAGCACAUUCUGUGGGACGCCCAACUACAUCGCCCCAGAGAUCCUGAGGGGAGAGGAUUAUGGUUUCAGUGUGGACUGGUGGGCUCUCGGCGUGCUCAUGUUUGAGAUGAUGGCGGGCCGAUCGCCCUUCGAUAUCAUCACUGACAAUCCUGACAUGAACACAGAGGAGUAUCUCUUCCAGGUCAUUUUGGAGAAGCCGAUUCGGAUUCCCAGGUCAUUGUCUGUUAAGGCUGCAAGUGUGCUGAAAGGUUUUCUGAACAAGGAUCCGAAAGAGAGGCUGGGAUGCCAAGUUCAAACCGGAUUCACAGACAUCAAGUCUCAUACAUUCUUCAGAAGCAUAGACUGGGACCAGCUGGAACAGAAGCAGGUGACGCCACCGUUCAAACCUCAAAUCACAGAUGACUACGGUUUAGAAAACUUUGACACACAGUUCACCAACGAACCCGUGCAGCUCACACCAGAUGAUGAGGAUGUGAUAAAGAGAAUAGACCAGUCUGAGUUUGAGGGAUUCGAGUACAUUAAUCCUCUGCUGCUCUCCACUGAAGAAACCGUAUGAGGGAAGAACACUGCGGCCUGUAUUUCUCUGCCUGCGGCUCUACAAAACUACUACAGCUGAGUUUAGCUCAGACUAUGUGUGUUCACAUAGAAGUUUUCUAAAAACCGUGGUAAAAGGCGACACUAAGACUUCAAGUGCGGACCCUCCCCCGAGUUAUUUUGGGGUUACACUGGAAGAAGAAAGGACUAGAGGAACUUCAGAACUAUUCCCCAAAUUUCAGCUGUUGAUUGUCUUCCUGCUUCCCAGCAUCCUCUUUCAUUUAAGGCCCAUGUUUGUGUGUGUGCGCGCACUGUUGCCUGGGACUCAAUUUUAGCUCCAUCGAUGUGUGCCUGCAUCCACCAGAGACUACAUUUCCCAUCAACCCUAGCAAAAUAUGACAGUUCUAACUUAAUGUGCACUUUUUGUUUUGUUGGAUUUUUCUUAUUUUGGGGAAUCUCUUUAAUCUUGUGAGGCGUGUCCUCAAGCAAAACAAGAAUGUAUAAUGUUUAAAGGUAAAUGUUGUAUUAUAGUGUAGGUAGCCAAUCGAAGAAUUUAUGAUGCCUUCUAUGAUGCAAAGUGGCACAUUUUAAUUGACGACCAUGAUGGUUUCAUCCGCAGUGGGUAGCUGUGCUGGAACCACAUGCUUUUAACCACCCAUGUCGAUUUUAAACGGGAGAUAAAAUGUGUUGUUUUGAAGAAGUGCCUCAAAGAUCUAGAAUUCACCAUGCUCCCAACUGCUCUGAACUCCACGUUAGACCGGAGUUGACUUUCCAACGCAACAUUCAGUGAGAAUGUGGACUGCAGGUGUUUGUUUGUUUGUUUUUUUUCUUAGUUUUUUUUUUUUUUUUACAUAACAUAAAAGCACUGAUACAUAUUUUGAAACCAAGACAUGAUGGACAGCACCGAAUGAUCAAAAAGCUCAAGUACAUCAGACAUCCAAUAAUAUUACUAAACUAGACUCAUUGGAGAAACAUUUAGUGGUAGUACACUAACAGCUGUAACUGCGUUUCACACAAAUGAAUAUUACCAUAACACAGCUGCUCCAUAAAGUAUGUACAGCUAUUCCGGUGUAGUAAACCUGCUCAGAAGCUCAUCUGGUACAACAAAGUGAGUGCUGAGUCAGAAACUUGUAGAAGCUAUUUAAAAGUUUGAGUGUCGGUACUACAUUGUUCAAACGCAACUGAGCACUUUUGGAUUGACUCACAAGAUGAUUCAUUUCUAAACUAGAGUGAAGUGUAUCACAACUAACGUAAUCAAUCAGUUCAUAUAUCUCAGAUAAAACUGAUUACACAUUUAGCACAUGUUUACACCUGGUAUUAAGAUGUGUUUUCAUCUAAUCAUUCAUAAGUGGCCAACAUUAAAUGCCGGUCUAAAGCAUAACAAGGUUUAAAAGUCAUCAACUUCGGCCCACUUCUAGAGGUCAGGAUUCUUUCAGAGUGUAAACACUCAUGUGUUUGAAUGCUUUCAAACUGCCAUGAAAGACCAAAUACUAUUAUUACGACCAUAUACAGCCUUCUAACCUAAAACCCUGGACUCAUCAAGCCAAAAUCAAAGAAUUGGAGGUUGUUGGCUUGGAUUGGCUUUGUCUGGUCCCAUCAGGACCAAAACAACUGCUCGUGAACGCACCACAUGGACAACAGCUGACCGAAAUGAGAAUGUUCUUUCUGCGCCUGCACCAGAUGACGUAUCUUUCCAUACCUCCAGGUGUCAGUACCUGUAUUGUCAUUCCCCAAAAGGAAACUGGAACUAGUGCUGCACACAUACAAGCUGCAAGCAAAGCAGUGUUCACGGACUUCUCGCUUACCACAGUGGGUUUCGCUCGAGCAAAUAUGUCUGAUAGUCUAUAUUAUUUGCAAAUAUUUAGGAAAUGCAGUGAAAAUAUACGCGGCUUCUUCUUCUUUCUUUCUUCACUUUAGAUUUGUUCUCGUGCUCUAAUUCAUAUCUAAAUGAGAGCCAAUCAGAGCUCUUUCACCGAGCAGCCGACACAGAUUCUACAUAGUAAAUCGGGCAAACUCGCUACGACUUGAGCCUGAUGUAGGACGACGUGUAGGACACACUGAACAAACUCUGACAGAUGCUGACCAAUGGAGUUACGCUGCACAAUGACCAACAGUCUGCUUGCUGUGUUGAACAAAAUGUAAUGUUUGAAGAAAGAGGAGACCAGCAAAGACAAACACUCACACCACACCGGUCUCGCUCCACUCUCUUGGCUCUCUGCCUCAUUCUACACAUCAUCUCAUAUUCCCCUACUGCUCCAUUGCAGGCCAGAGACACCCUCCCAAUUCCAACCACAGAUUUGGAUGUCCAGCAGUGAGGGAUGAUUGCCUUGAUCUCCCUGCUCAGCCCUAUCAUGUUAAAUUCACCAAAAAGCCCCCUUAGUCCUCAUCUGCUACUUCAUGACUUGACAGACGACAGAGAGUGGAUUCAUCCCUCCUGGCAUUACCCACCAGCUCUAUUGACAGCGUGUUCCUCCUUCCUACUGGGUUUCGGCACCAAUGUAACCGUUCAAACAAGUCAACAACAAAAUGACCUGCCGCAUAAAAACAAAACACAAGCAUAAAUGUUCCAACCUUGGUCUUCUCGUUCUUCACUAUUGUCACUUCUCUCCAUUCCAGAGCUUCUCUGUGGGACUCACAAACACCACAAGCCUCAAACUUCAUGGCUUAGACUUGCUUCCAUAAAACCAGUGAGAAAAUAAGAGGGAAAGGUCCUAGUAAUGGUCUCUGCUGACCACCUGCGAUUAGAUCACUGAAAACGCAACGCUAAUGCCAGGUGGAAACUGGUACGCAAUGUAUUAUUGCAUAAACGCCACCACAAGCAUGUUUUUCCAAUGAUCCUGGGGCUAAUAUAACAGUCAAAUUUAUUACAGAACACACACACUAAACUGUUCAAAUGUCUUGUGCUCACUUUGACAAGUGGGAUUUGUGUUAUGCUCAUGUGAUCUGUCAGUGAUUAGCUGUUGAGAUGUUGUAGAAGGCGAGAAAGCACAAACAAGGGGUUUGGACAUCUUGUUGCUAGUGUUAUGUCAUGGUCAAAUUGUGCAACAGUGUUGUGACUGAAUCUCAGAUGACCAAAACACAUGGCGGAGUUGUGUCUUUGCGCUCGCAAUCAAAAGCUUAAAUUUAAUGUAAUGCAGCACUUGCGAAAACGUAGUUAGCACAGAAUGCUAAUCUUAUUUUAUUUGAAAACACAAGCUGUGUUCAGAAUGUGCUGUUAGUUUGCUGUUAUUUAAUUAACAGUAAAAGAGAUGAUGAGAUGAUUCAUACUUCAAAAACUGCGUAAAAUGCAGCUUCUGGUCACAGUUUGACAGAAAAAUUAGCCUUAACAUUAUGGAAGGUUAUCGGGGCCAAAAGUCUUCAAAACAACUUAUUAGCACACACAGCUUGAGUGUGUCAGGGCAAGGGUUCUCAAGCCUUUUUUAACAAAGUACCACCUCAGAAAAUGUUUUUCUCUACAAGUACCACCAUGAUAACUUUAACUUUCUACUUUCUACAGUACAGUAGCUUAGUAGGCCAAAUUAAGCAGCUACAGCUCUGCGCAGUUCAAAAACGUGGCAGAUUUAUUCUUAUUAAGAAUAUUUAUUAUUGUCAGACACUUUAAUCAUUAUAAUUAGUUUGAACAUUAACACUGCACUGUGCUUACAGGUAAAAAAAUAAAGAAAGAAAACAUCAACGUUUAAAUUAAAAUGUGCUUUUAAAAGUGAAUUAAAAAUAACACUGUUCUUGAAAAGUAAAAAGAAAUCUGCUGUACUUACAUGUAAAGUAUUAUCAUAGAGUAGCCUAUUCAUCAAAACCUGGAAAUGUUCUUUGGACAUCAUGAAUACAGGCUAUACGUCAUCAUAUUCAUGUAUUAACUAUGUCUGAUAUUUUUUUAAAUACACAAAUAAGUCAAAUACACAUGCAACAUAUAUCUUUGAAAUCUAAACAUUAACUGUUAUUUUAAAUAUAUGAAUUGGAUUUACAUACUUAAAUCAGAAAUUAGAUCUGCUUACUGCGCGUUAGAAAAGUGAUUAAUCCAUACCUGUUAACAUUGGGAUAUAAAAAUACGGGAUACGCCCUCAACAAAUUAGCUUCAAAUGAUAGAAUACAUAACAAACAUUAGAAAUUAAAAAUAAAAUAAAAGGUUUAGCUUAUUAAAAUUAAUUUACUGAUCACAACGGUGUUAUCUUAUGUGGCAAAGGGUUAAAGUUGUGUUCAUUUUGUUGCAUAUUUUUUUAAUUAUUCAGCAUUUCCUCCAUGUAUCACUAAAAGGAAGCCACAGUUUGAGAACCACUGUGUUAGGGCAUUCGCUUUGUGUCGUAUUUAUGUCACAAUCCAUAAAAACUGUUUUAACAGUCAAAGUGUGUGUGUUUAUGUGUGCUAAAAAACAGUUUGUUUGUUGAAACAGUUACUUUUAUGGAUUGUGACAUAAAUAUGAUGUUUAACAUGGAAGUACAAACAUUGUGUACUUGCAUGGGUCAUAUAUGCAAACAAGAAACACAGCAAUUUCAUAGGCUGUUGUGUUUGUUGAUGUAUUGAUAUGCUUAAAAUAAGCAUGUUGAUGCAAUCGACUUUAAUGUGUUCUAUACACUUUUGGCCCCAAUGGCCUUCCAUACAAAAAAAAAACAGAAUGGAAACGGAAUGACCAGUUGUGGUCAUUGCAUUCUGGGAUACAUUAUUCUGUGCUGUGUGUCUUGGCAAAUGCAGUAGGUCAUCAGUGCACAGUAUGCAUACUGCAGAGAGUAGCGAGUUAGCAUGCUAUUCUGAACCUAGCCGUACACACUUUCCCGCUGGGGAAACACAGCUAAAGCAUCGUUUCCUUUUAAAAUUCCAGCCCACAAAAGAAAAGCUCUUUAAAUUGAACUUCUAAACCCUCAGUUUCCCUUCAAAGAAAUGAAAACAGCCAAUCAAAGUCUAGCCUGACUGAUUAAUCCCUCACAGCGAUAAGGCAUUGUGUUAUUAAGCAAACUAGAUAUGUUUUCAAUCUUGCGCCACAUUUAAUCUCCAACUUUUGGGCUGUUUUAGUUCCUCUUUUCCUGGAGAGUGAAGACGACUGUCUUAGAUGUGAAUGCUUUGAUGAAAUCAGACCUGUAUGAAGAAUCGCUGCCAUGUUAACAGGAUUAAUUAGCCACUUUUGUGUCAGACAGUAGCGAGAUUAGCAGACGGGCUAGGAACAAAGAACGGGCUGGGAGAUAACAAGCGUGACGAACGUAACGAUAACGAGGCAGAGAGCAAAGCCAGAUUACCCUGCUGUGUUUGCAGCUCUCUAAUGAAAAACUGCUACAAAAACAUUUCCAUCAACUCCACUAUUUAUGAAUGAUAUAUGGGAUGUUAUUCAGGUGACUGCCAAGAUAAAAAACAUUCAAGCAGUCUAAAUAGAGCGAAUGCUCUACUAUUAUUGUAGGCUCUAGAAGAACAGGUACUACGGCAAAUGACAAAGGACCAAGUAAAAGCAACAUUCAUCCGACCAACAGCUUCAUUUUCCAGCAGCUUGAGCUAAUGUACAGAAUCCACAUGAAAAGAUGUCCGAUUUCUGUUUCUUUCUGAACUGGAAUGAGUUUUGGCAUACCUGUAAAUAUCUGUAAUUUAAACCGUACAAAUUUUCACAAAAAUAAAUUUGUUUCUGCACCAUUAUAAGAGAUCUCCAUCCAGUGUCCCACUAAGCGCUAGUCUCAAACUUUAGAGCCCAAGACUGCAAUAAAAAAAACACACACUUACCUGUCCCUGAAUACAUUUUUAGCAAGAAAUUUCCAUUAUUUAUUAACUUGCCAAAAGCUGUCGCAAGAUGUUUUCUGCUUUUCUUUGAUUUUUUUUUUGUCAGUUCUUUCCUCAUGUUGAGUCCAAAGCAAACGACGCUCUUAUCAAUGUGCUACAGGGGAAUACUUUUAUAUUUGAAGUGUUUGUUUUAUAAAUUAUUGUAAAUGAAAGCUCUAGUAGAGUUUCUGUGGGCUGAGGGUGGGAGAGAAGGAGAGAGAUGUGAACAUGUCUUUGGUUUUAUGAAGUUAAGUCUUAAGCAUCUUAGAUAACAACUGUAAAUCAGUAAAUGUUCAUUGUAAUGACUUGA